GAGCUGAUGAUCGGAGAUCCAGGUGACAAAGAAGCGAUGGAGGGGCUGGAGGAGCUUCUGGAAAAGUCUUAUGAGGGUCUGAGCAGCCAGGAUGAGUCAAAGACGACGGCAAACCCGACGAAGCAAGUGCAAGUCCCGACGAGUGUGCCGCAGGAGACAGCAGACCCCGUGAAGCAAGAGACAGCAGACCCCACGAAGCAAGUCCCGACGACGAGUGUGCCACAGGAGACACCAGACCCCUCGAAGCAAGUCCUGACGAGUGUGCCGCAGGAGACAGCAGACCCCACGAAGCAAGUCGCGAGUGUGGAGCAGGAGACAGCAGACCGCACGAAGCAAGUCCCGACGACGAGUGUGCCACAGGAGACAGCAGACCCCUCGAAGCAAGUGCCGACGAGUGUGCCGCAGGAGACAGCAGACCCCACGAAGCAAGUCCCGGCGAGUGUGGAGCAUGUGACAGCAGACCCCACGAAGCAAGUCCCGGCGAGUGUGGAGCAUGUGACAGCAGACCCCACGAAGCAAGUCCAGGCGAGUGUGGAGCAGGUGACAGCAGACCCCACGAAGCAACCGCAGGGUAUGUCAGACAUGCCGAUGAUGCCACCCGAAGUCAAGGCUUGGCUUACCUCUAUGAUGACGCAGCAGGGAAACACAAGCACGGCUUCCCCAGAGGAUCACGUGGCCGGGUUCAUGAGAUCUUUGUCUCAGCAGAGCCUGAGCUCCAAUGCCACUUCGGCGCCAGGAACCCCCGCAACAACUGUUUCGAAGGAGGAGACACCCGACUACAAGGCCUUGAACGAAGCCUGCCAAGCAAUGGCCAAGCAGCAGGCUGAGGCCGAUGAGCAGUGUUUCAUGUUAGAACUGUUCGAGAGGGCAAAAGUCGCAGCCGAGAAGCAGGCAGCAGAGCGUGAGAAGGUUAAGGCGGAGAGAGAGCAGUGCAUCUGCGAACGAACAGUCGAUCGGAACAUCCCUCUCUCUUAG